UGCAUCCAGUUUGGACGCAGCUUCCACCAACCGAGUCCAAGAUGACGACUAACAGCAGGUACAAGAGCCGCGCUCCCCGGUCAGAUGAUGGGGAGGAAAAAGACUACGUUGGAUUUGCGACGCUGCCAAACCAGGUGCACAGAAAGUCGGUGAAGAAAGGGUUUGACUUCACACUCAUGGUGGCAGGUGAGUCUGGCCUGGGUAAAUCCACUCUGGUCAACAGCCUCUUCCUCACUGAUCUGCAUAAAGACAGAAAGCUGCUCAACGCUGAGGAGCGCAUCAGUCAGACGGUAGAGAUCACAAAGCACACAGUGGACAUUGAGGAGAAGGGGGUGAAGCUGAAACUGACUAUUGUGGACACUCCAGGUUUUGGAGAUGCUGUCAACAACACAGAGUGCUGGCGGCCUGUCACCGACUACAUCGACCAACAGUUUGAGCAGUACUUCAGAGAUGAGAGUGGACUCAACAGAAAGAACAUCCAGGACAACAGAGUGCACUGCUGCCUCUACUUCAUCCCCCCAUUUGGACACGGGCUUCGUCCAGUCGACAUAGAGUUUAUGAAGGCCCUGCAGGACAAAGUUAACGUGGUUCCUCUCAUCGCUAAGGCCGACUGCCUCACCCCCCUGGAGAUAAAGAAACUCAAAGAGCGGCUGAGGGAAGAGAUCGAUAAGUAUGGGAUAAAGAUCUAUCAGUUUCCUGACUGCGACUCAGAUGAGGACGAGGAAUUCAAGCAGCAGGAUAGAGAGCUGAAGGAGAGCACUCCGUUCGCAGUGAUUGGCAGCAACACUGUGGUGGAAGCUCGAGGUCAGAGAGUGAGAGGGCGGCUCUACCCCUGGGGCAUUGUGGAGGUGGAGAACCCAUCCCACUGCGACUUUGUGAAGUUAAGGACGAUGCUGAUCAGAACCCACAUGCACGACCUGAAGGACAUCACCAGUGACUGUCACUACGAGAACUACCGGGCUCAGUGCAUCCAGACCAUGACCAGUAAGAUGAAUGCAGAUAAGCGGGUGGAGAGUCCCAUCCCGAUCCUGCCGCUGUCCACGCCUGACGUGGAGACGGAGAAACUCAUCAAAAUGAAAGAUGAUGAACUGAGGAGGAUGCAGCAGAUGCUUCAGAAGAUGCAGCAGCAGAUGCACGAGCAGGACCUGUGACCGCUGCUGCUAUACCUGUCUUUACCUUCAUGUCUUUCAUUUAUAAUCGGGCAGGAAUCCCUCACUGAGGCCAACCUCACAUGGGACGACUGAAAAAAUGUCGAUAUUUUGCCCAAUUCUCCAAACACUGGUCACAAAGAAACAGGGUCAUUCCGUGAAACAUCAAUCAGAGCCUCCCUCCUGACCCAGUCAGAAUUAGCUGAUCUUUUAUCGACGGUAACUUCAGUAGAUUUGAUGAGGUCAUGCAGCAGUUUACCUUCAUACUAGUAACAGGCCCUUUAAGUACAUAAGGGUGGGUCAAAAUGUUUGUGAUUUUUAAUUUGUAUUAUUUUUAUUUCUAGAAUUUCUGAGCUGUCAUAACUUCAUAAGCAGAGGAGAUACACUCAUGAAAACCACAACCAAUGCUGUUUCUCCAUUUCAGAGUCAUAAUUCCUAGCCAUAGUAUGACUAUAUUAGAAAACAGUUUUUUGAUUUUGGCUUUCCAUUGUGACACCUGAAGUGGAUGUAAAAUUGAUACAGUUGUAGUUUUUAACAGACUGCAAAUG